UGACAGGCUCGUCACGUCGGCCACGUCGGGUUCCGCGGCCGAAGUAUUGCAGAUGGACCACAGGCAUCCAGAAAGUGACGCUUCGUCGACAACGAGAGCUGUGCUGUACGCGGAGCCGGGUUCCGUCGGGUUCCAAGCAUUCCAUGACCAGCUGGGCUCGCUGGCAACGCAACGACACGUGGACUACAUUUUCCGGCCCUUUGUUCGGGAUUACGAUGAAGCGGAUUCGCGGCGUGUUCGCCUGUCGGGAUAUGGUGUCGAGUUGCAGAUGAAGUCAACUGAAUACAAGGCCCAGGACGAUGCGAAGGUUGACGACGAGGAUCGAGCCACUGACGACGAGGACAAAGUCGACGAGAUUGAAGGAUUCGUCUUUUCCAGGCUCAGGGAGCUGUAUCCAAACAAGACUGAUGCGAUUGACAAAUUGAAAGCCCAUUUGUUGGAAAGCAAUCAAGAGAUCGCACCGCUGAAAGUUUGGCAGUUGCAAGAUCUCAGCUUGCAGGCCGCGGAAAGAAUAAAAGCUGCACCGAAAGACGAAGCUCUGAGCAUCAUGAGUCAGAUUUCGCAAAACUUCCCACUUCAGGCGCGAUCCUUGGUCAGAACAGCUGUUCGCGAUGAGCUUCGCAAAGAGGUGAAGAAAAACCAGAAAAUCAUUCAAAACGAAAUCGGAAUCCAGCCGUCGGAUGCAUUUUUGCUGGUCAAUGGACUCACCUAUGACAUGGAUACGAUUGACCCAUUUUCUUUGCUGGAUUCGUUGAAAACCGAGCACAAGAAGAUGGAAGGACUGCAUCAACUCGGUUUGAACCAGGAGACCGUCGUCAAAAUGCUUUCGUUGGACAUUGGCAAGAGUAAAUCCACGUCAUCCAAAGGAUCUCCGUCUUAUGCUUUGGACAUUCGGGACACGGCUGUGGUUUAUGUUAAUGACAUAGAGAAAGAUCCGUCUUACGCCAAGUGGCCGUCUCAGUUGUUGGAGCUGUUGAGACCCGUUUUUCCAGGGAUGUUGAGAAGCAUUCGGAGGAACAUUUUUCACCUGGUUUUAUUGGUGGAUCCCGCCGAGAAAACGAGCGCAGAGCUGGUCAAAAUUGCGGAGUCAUUUUACGUCCAUAAGGCGCCCAUCAGGAUCGGAUUCGUUCUCUCCGUUGACCCAAGAGAAGAGGUUACCGGCAAUGAUGACGCGGGUGUUGCCAUGUUGCUGGGUUUCAACGCCGUUUCUUCCGUGAAGAACGCUGCUGCAGGACUUAGCUUCCUUACGGAUGUAUAUGCCAAAGCAGGUGCAGAUCCGGUGACUCCUGAGAUAGUCCGCGAAGUGAUGAAAAGGCUUCGUCCGAAAGAUAACCUCGACGAGAUAUUCGGCGCGGAUUCGACUUACGAUUAUGGUCGCCAAUUAGCCAGAGACUUCAUUUCAAGGACAGGACUCGAGCGUUUGCCCCAAGUACUGAUGAACGGGAUUCCAUUGGAGCAGAAGCAUUUAAAUGCUGAUGGCUUUGAGGAAGGAGCCAUCAUGGCUUUGUCGUCUCAAAUGAACGUGUUGCAACAAGCUGUGUAUGAUGGGUCCCUGACCGACUCGGACAAUGUCUUGGAUUUCCUCAUGCGGCAGCCGAAUGUCAUGCCGAGGCUGAAUAAUCGCAUUCUGACCGGAGAUAAUGACGAAGUCAAAUACGUUGAUGCAUCCAGCUUGUUCAGUGAUCCCAAGGACGACGAUUUGACUCAGAAAGUGUUCUCGAAUUUUCCGUAUUUCUCGUCGAAGUCUGGGUCGAUGGGCACCAAACCCGUGACGGUUUGGUUGGCGGUUGAUGUCAAUAAUCGGCAAGGGCUAGGGAUUGUUCGGGCUGCUGCUUCUCAUAUUGCUGGGGAUCCGAAUAUGCGCAUCGGAUUGUUGUUCAACGCAGAAGAUGUGAAUAAUGAUCGUCUUGCAAAAGCGGUACUUUCAGUCAUUCAGAGUCAGGAGAAUCGUGUCGCAGCUGAAGUUCUCGAUGCUUUUUUGACCGACAAGAAUGUUAAGAAGUUUGUCGAAGGAAACCUAGAGCCUGUUCAACUGAACGUGAAGGGAUUUGACCUCCUGUCCUACUCAAAGGCUUUUGAUGCCUUGGACAUGUCUAGUAUUCUCAACCUCCAUCGUCAGUACUCGUCUAAGAUGUUAAACGUUCGCCCGGGUCAAGCUGUGGUUAUUUGCAAUGGCCGUGUUAUCGGGCCUUUGGGAGCGAAGGAAGACUUUGUGGAGAGUGAUUUCCUUUUGCUGAGCCGAUACGUGUCGUCUACGUCGGCUGAUGCGAUUAUUCAAAUGCUACUCGAGGUCAAAGCUCAAGGGAAGCAAGGGCGGACAUUGAGUGACUACGUCGUUGGAGCAACGACUGUCUUACUUUCGCAAGGAGCCGCAAAAAGCAGACUGGAACUGCCAGCCCUGGUGUCUGAUUCGAGCACGGUCCACUUAUCGUCGCAAGUGGAAGGGGAACCCUAUUUGGACAUCGUCGGUAUUGUGGAUCCGUUGACGCGAGGUGCCCAAUUGAUGGCUUCUUUGGUGUCGACUGUGAUGAAAGUGUUGCCGAGCAAAGUUCGACUGUACAUGAAUUGCGUGGAGAAACAUUCCGAAAUGCCGAUGAAGAGCUUCUUUAGAUACGUUCUGGCGUCGGAGCCGGAAUUUGAGCCCGAGACUGGAUCACUCGUGGCCCCUGUGGCCAAAUUCUUGCAUUUGCCAACCGAACCGAUUUUGACGAUGGGAUUGAAGAUUCCGGAAAAUUGGCUCGUUGGUCUUGUGAGGAGUCCGUAUGAUUUGGAUAACAUUAGGUUGAAAGACGUCGAAGGCGGGGUUUAUGGGUUGGUACUUUUCUUUCUUCGACCUCUGCUUUACAAAAUUGUUUUUUAAUCUCAGCAGAAAGUUAGAAGUAAGGCGAGUCUUACGUUGUUGAAUUCGCCUGAAAAAUUUCAUAUCAAUCCAGAUAGUCGCAGAACUUGUGCAACCACAUUCCUGAUGCUUUAAAUUUUGAAUGAUCGAAAAACAACGCUGUAUUUAUAAAAAUAAUCCGGAGCAACAUCGAGUUUCAUUUAUCUUGACAAAUUUAAUAAUUUUAUCUGAUGGGCCACAGAGAAUACGAAUUGGAAAAUCUGCUACUGGAAGGACAUUGCUUCGAAAGCGGAACCGGAAAUCCUCCGAGGGGAUUGCAGUUCACCUUGGCUGCUGAGAACCAGCCUAUUGUUUUUGACACGAUUGUGAUGGCAAAUUUGGGGUAUUUUCAACUAAAAGGCAGUCCUGGUUCUUGGAUUCUCAACUUGCGAGAAGGCAGAUCUAGCGAACUUUUCCAAAUCUCCAGUUACGAUGGAGUUGAAGUGAAGCCUGAUUCCACUGGUGUCAGAAUUCUGAUGUCAUCUUUCCGAAGCAACGUUGUUCGAGUCAAGGUUCAAAAGAAGCCCGGAAUGGAAAUGGCGGAUUUACUUGCAGAUUCUGAUCAAAUGGACGAAGAUAGCGCGGGACUUUGGAAUAGAAUCACGGAUUCAAUUUCCAAGUAUCGGGUUUGUAUAUUUUUUCACAGCUCGUUGUCGACUGGAAAGAAAGAAGAUAAGGAUGAUGAAGUAAUAAACAUCUUUUCUCUGGCGUCCGGGCAUUUGUAUGAACGCUUUCUGAAAAUCAUGAUGCUGUCAGUUGUGAAGCAUGCGUCUGUUCCUGUCAAAUUCUGGUUCUUGAAAAACUACCUUUCGCCUUCCCUCAAAGACUUCCUCCCGCACAUGGCUGCGGAAUAUGGAUUCAAGUACGAGCUUGUCGAGUACAAGUGGCCUCGUUGGCUUCACCAACAAACCGAAAAGCAGCGCUUGAUCUGGGGUUACAAGAUACUUUUCCUCGAUGUUUUGUUUCCUCUUGAUGUCAAAAAAAUUAUUUUUGUGGAUGCCGACCAGGUUGUUCGAACGGACCUUAAAGAACUCAUGGAUCUUGAUUUAGAAGGAAAUCCGUACGGGUAUACACCAUUUUGUGAUUCAAGAACCGAAAUGGAGGGAUAUAGGUUUUGGAAACAAGGGUAUUGGCGUUCUCAUCUGCAAAACAGGAGAUACCACAUUUCUGCAUUGUAUGUCGUUGAUCUCAAGAAGUUCAGGCGUAUUGCUGCUGGUGAUCGUCUACGCGGUCAAUAUCAAGGAUUGAGCCAGGAUCCGAACUCUCUCUCGAAUCUGGAUCAGGAUCUUCCGAACAACAUGAUUCACCAGGUUGGCAUAAAGUCUCUGCCUCAGGAGUGGCUCUGGUGUGAGACCUGGUGCAGUGACGAAACCAAAUCAGGAGCGAAAACUAUUGACCUUUUAUUUGUGUACAAUGCGUCUCUAAUCCUCGCCCUGCAGUGCAAUAAUCCGAAAACCAAAGAAGCAAAGCUUUCUGCUGCUAUGAGAAUUAUUCCUGAAUGGAAAUCUUACGACGACGAGAUGAAGGCUCUUCAAGAACGCUUA